AGGCAGCCCUAAUGCAUCUUUUGAUGGCGAAGAAAUCAUGCGUUUAAAUGUUUCAGCCUUUUCUAGGUUUCGGUAUGGAAGAAUAAAUUUAAUGACUUCUCGCUAUUGGUUCAGACCGUCAACAUGGUAAGUUAAUUCGGACCAAAUUUUGUUCCUGAGCCAUGCACACUCGAAACAGAAAUGGACAAUUAAAUCCCAGCUGUUCUCAUACACGAAAUCUUUUGUGUGAAAAAUAAUAUUCUUCUGCAUCAACAUACAAAUUUCCGAUAACAGUAACUGUGCUUAUUUGAUACAUAAGAGUCUUGCAUUGUCAUAGAUACUGGCAGAAGGAAAAGUAAACAACUAGAUCAAAGAUAUUAUGCCCUACUUGAAGUACUCGACUCUGUUGAACUGUUUUACAUAACGUCUGAGAAGUGGUUUUUUAAGGUAUUAUUUUUUUCCCCUUCUUUGUAGGGGAACCAAACUCACCUGUACGUCUCAUAAAGCAUUUUUUCCUUCAGUUAAAAAAAAAGUUAGAGGUGGAUUAAUUAUAGUGUUUUUCUGAGUUCAGUUUGCAAGGUGCCUCGAGGCUGGUUUCUUGUUCCUUAAUUUAAGAUUGAAAUGUAUUGACAAGCUGUAAAGUUUCCGGUCAACUCUUUUUUUUGUUUAAAAUAUUUACCGGUUUGAGGAAGAAGCACACCCUCCAUGUGUGAUGACAUUCGCGCUUGAAAAUCAGCCAUACAAAAAAACAAAAGAUUUAUUGGUGAGUUGGAAAGUUUCAAUAUUUUCUACAUUAAACUUUACGAAAUAACAUCCAGAAAAAUGUACAUUGGACAUCAGAAAUUUCCAUUUUUCACGGUCAAUGAAAUUACGAAGGAUGAAAUUUUUCAGAUGCCGUUGUUACGAUUUAAAAUGUUAUUGUUGUUUUUGAAGGAGGGAAAAUAAAAAUGAAAUGGAAGCUAAGAGUUUGUCAAAACAAUUAUUGUCGCCUUCUAGUGAACAACAAAGAAGCAAAUUAACUAAAAGAAGGUUUCUAUUCCAUCAUAAUUACACCUAGCCGCUUAGAGCGAGUUUAUGUUGUCAGCACGUCCACGUCCAUAAGUCAUCAAUUCCUUUGUCAGAUUUGCACACGAUUAUUAAAAAAAAAUGAGCACAAAUAAAAAAAAUAGCACCUCUGGUACUUCCUGAGGAAUAAAUUCUUUCUCGUUUUAAGACCGUUGUUAUCACAUCGGAUCACGAAAUAUUAUCACGCUACGCACUCUCUCAUAUCGCUUCCCACACCACUUGGUGGAGACUGGUACCGAUUUGCCACAAGAGAGAUAACACUUGAGUCGUAAAAAUGCAAUGGGGUUUCACAAAGACUUCUUUUUCAGAUAAUUGCCUUUCAAGCACUUUUGUCCAACUCUAAGAAGAACAACUUUAUUAUGAAGCAUGACAAAUACUAGAUCGAAAAUGACAUCUAGUGCCUGGGGGUGACGUUGCUACGAGCGAACCAGUUGGAAAUCUUCGAAAUCCUCGAAAUCUUACCAUUUAUUUGGAGCGCGCGAAGUGUCGUCAAAGUCCAAGGGCACAAGGAUACUUUUUGGAAUCUGGCGAUCGCUUUCUAUGGUUAUCCGGAAAUCAGACAUUAUGGACGAUGGAGAUAUUGUAAAAGAAGGACAUCUUCGGAGACUGAAGACGCUGAAAAAGCGAUUUUUCGUUCUUCGUUCGUCGCCAAGAAAAGGCAAAUCCCGACUAGAAUACUUCGAGAGCGAGAAGAAAUUCCGCUCAAAAGGCCCACCAAAGCGAGUGAUCUACCUAGCAAGCUGCCUAAACAUCGCAAAGAAAGAGGACUCUAAGCACAAAUUGGUGUUUGCUCUGUACACACGGGAAGAUGUUUUUGGCUUAAUCGCGGAAUCGGAGGACGAAUUGAACGCUUGGAUGAAAAUAAUGAACAUAGAGAAGAGAAAAGAUGAGAUCUUUAAUGCAUCUGUAUCAACCUGGCCUGUCGCUGUGAAACCAAGGGGAUUGGGAACUAGCAAGAACCUAGCUGGUCUGUAUGACCUUCAGUUAUCAACUCGCAACUUAGCACUGGUUAAAAAGGACACCAAAGAACCAGCCAUAGAGGUGCAGCUGGUCAAUAUUAGACGCUGUGGCCAUACAGACUGUUUUUUCUUUAUGGAGCUUGGGAGGUCUGCAGCCACUGGGGCUGGUGAGCUGUGGAUCCAGGUUGAUGAUCAAGUUAUUGCACAGAACAUGCAUGAAGCUAUAUUGAGCGCCAUGCACAACAUCUCCUCAUCUGAUAUUCCACCAGUCACUAGGCGACGUUGUGAUAGUGAAGGAAAACGUGGAAAGUCUCGACCUCGUCCAGUGUCAGCUCUCAUGUAUCCACCCAGUCGUGGUCGUUCAGACACCGAGCCAACUUCUCAGAAUCCGUUGGUUCGUACUGUGAGCUCCUCAGUUUCAACUCGGAACUUAACAGAGUUUGAAAGUCCCAAGAACAAAACGUCAUCUGUGUUGAAUCGCUUGCGGCCGCGGAGAAGGUCAAAGGAAGGUUUGAAUAUGAGCUCGGAAAGUCAAGUCAAGAACCAAGAAGAAAAAAAUCCAGACUUCAGUGACAAAGUAUUGAUGCGCCCCCCGUCAAAACCACUAGAACAGAAAGAUGACCAACCGGAGUACAUGAAUCUUGGAUCGAAAAAUGUAGGAGAAACAUCGAGCAUGCAGGAUUACAUGGCGAUGAAUGGGGUAACUGGAGGCCGCAAAAAUAGUGAUUCCUACGUGGAUAUGGAGGCAACGAAGUCGAAGGCUGUGAAAGCAUUUAAGAUCGUCGACAAUGAACAGCUGAACAAAAAAACGACACACACAGCCCCCGAUGGGGGCUACAUGGACAUGACGUCACUAAGAAAACAACACAGUGACAAACAAAACGGGACUGCGAAGAGUCAAAGCUCGAGCCCGCGGGCUGGGUUUGUACAGCAGUCCAAAUCGUCGUCUCCCAGGCAGCUGAGAACCACAGAAAGUGCGUUGCCAAACAAACCAGACAUUCGUGAAUUCGUUGCCAUCAAAAUGUCUCCAUCCUCUUCCCGCAGAAGAUCAAGCCAGGAUUAUGUUUCGAUGUGUCCCCUCGCUGUAGAAUCAGGCGAAUCUCCUAGUUAUGUAAAUUUUUCGCCCGGGAUGAACUCUCCGAGGUCGCGGUCUCCGAAACCCAAUGUGAGACAACGUAAAGAGGACUCGAACGGUUAUUACGUAAACUUUACCCCUGGGGAAGAAUUUUCAAACAGGGGGAAAUAUCUAGAAAUUCCGACUUCACUAAAACGUCUCAACAACUCAGGUGAUUCAUCUUCGUAUGAAGAUAUGCACAGUUACGUUAACUUUAGUCCCGGAAAGAUCACUGAUGACAAGAACUCGAACAACAGUUUUAAGAAGCAUAGCCUGGAGUCUGUCUUAUUGGACAAACCUCGCGCGUACGAAAACAUUGAUCUCAGAGGUAUUACAAAAAGCAAAAGCGCAGUAGAUGUGCCCGAGUACGUAAACUUUGUUCCAGGGGAUAUCUGCGAAAGUAGCAUAAAUGACGUUUUCUCAGUCAAUGACGAUCCGGACACCGGCCUAGUUAAGGCCCAAGAGUAUGACGAGUUUUCUCCUGGAAAGAUUCAAGUUGAAGGACAAAGAUGGAGAAAAUCACCUUGUUCUUACAGAAGAGACAGUGAACCAGCCAGAAUACAGACGCCAAAGUUUGUGACUAUCGCACCACUAGACACAACUCAAGAAGAUGAGGAAAUUAAGCAGCUUAAUUACGUCAUGCUCGACUUAAGCAAUCCCGACAACUCUUCUGAGUCUCCAAGUCGUCAGCGCCGACGACCUCCGAACAUAGACUUAAGCUCGUGUCAGCGCGGGUCGCCAGGGCCAAAAUCUGCUCCCGUCAGAAGUGCGUACGCUGAGGUGGACUUCACUAAAUCUGAUGGGAUAAGGCAAGCUAGGCAGGAGAGAAGGGAAUCAGCUUACGCUCUUGUCAUCAACUAAGCAGAAGACGAGAGCGGACGAAAGUAGGUACUUCGUGAUUCAAACUAUUUGUUGAACCGUCGAUGUGGCAAGCGUAUUUACCUGCAUCGUUAUAUAAACGAUUGGGGACUGAGAAGAAGCUCUAUUUACUGCUAGAUCACAGAAGCGAAGUGAAGUACAUGAAAAAAAUUCAUGUUUGGAUGAGCAUGUAGAGAUUCACUUUGGUGGGAUUGUCCAAGGUAACUAUUUCCUAAGAAGAAACAUUUCCAAUUAAGACAUGAUUUCUUGUGGCUGCUCAUUCCGGAAACUUUGUAGCUGAAAAUUAAAUUAGUUCUUAACUUUUGAAAAAUAGAUCAGUAGGUCUGUGGCAAGUGACAAACAGAAUAUGAGGUGUACCAAGUUUAGCCUGAACCACAUCUUUUGAACGAGGGCUGAUUGAAAAUUGAUAGCAUAGAAGAAAUUUCAUUGAAAAUGUUUUGUUUAGGAUCUUUUCAAUUAGUUUUGUAAAAGGCGAUGUUGCACGAGCAGAUUUGUAUCAUUGUUGCAGCUUAAUGUCGCAGAAAAUUUUUUUAUUUCGUUAGAAAUCUCGUGAAACGUCUCUCAGUCUACUUUUGAUUCCAAGAACGAGAUCGUAUUCGGCGAUUGCUCGGGGAUCCGAAAACAAUCGUGUUUCUUGACGAGAAUUGGCCGAGGGUCGCUCCUCUCAUGGUUGGCCAAUCGAUAUUAACUGGUUGGAAAAUAUUAGGAUAGAAUUGAUUUAACAAUAUUUUUCUAUUUAAGGCAGUGAUCAUUCGCUAGCGAUUGCGAUGCAUGAGGAAAUAGUUCUAUGAUUUUUUUUAGCCCAGGAUUUUGAUAUUUUUUAUUACUUCGGCUUUAUUGUGACCAAUGUUAGAAGUGAUAACUGAAAGGGAAGGCCUGUUAAUGUGUAAGAUAAAAAAGUGCUGCAGGUUUUGUUGGGAGCUCCCUAACUGCGUAUUAGUUUGGCGUCCGAAUGAAGACCGAGAUUGCUCAACCCGGUACAAGGUCCCUAAGAGGGCAAGUUGUUCUUUAUCGGAAUGCCAUUAAACGUUGUGUCCAGUCACGUCCACGAAACCAAGAAAUCUGUCGGGUUUACUUACCACUUACUUAAAGAAUAAAAUUGAACCAA